AUGACAAACCAAGAAGGCGCUACCAACGGCGACGCACCCACAUCCAGUACGGCUGAACCUCCGAAAAAUAGAGCUGCCAGCUUGAUGUCGGAACUGCACGUAGCUAUUAUGAAUUUCGAUCGAGGGAGGAUUCUAAGCCUUCUGAUACAUGAGAAAUAUCCCAUUGAUCGGACGAUCUUCAAGGAUGCAGCAGUGGUGUACUAUAACAGGGCUGUAUUCAAUGCUCUCGCGUUCCACCUUUCCAAGCAACGACGGGACCUUUUGGAGCUCGCUCGAAUACGCCUACCGGGAGAAGCGCUAUCGCGAUUAGGAAUAAUACCUCGGCAACGUAUUUUAAAUUCUCAUGCAGCUUCGGUGGCAGCAGCUCUAGUCGCAGCCAAGGCAUUCGAUCACGAGACAGCCAGGCUAUUUGUUCCCGAUGUUAUUUACCCAAGCAGCGGCACAUCCCUCUACUUUUUGGUCGGCUGCAACAAGGAUGCGGCGGAUAUACUGUACAAUAGUGGCUUCAUGAACGUCGACGAAGUGGACCCUCUAGAGUACUCGCCCCUUGCUGUAUUAACCGUACCGAAAUUGACCGGCUACGUUGGUCAGUAUAAGGUCGACACUGCCGAGCGUGCUUUCGUCAACUAUCUCGACAUGUGUACGUGGUUCCAAAAUAAGCGGGCCUCGUUGCAUCGCGUGUUCGGAUUGGCGCGAGGAACACCCCUGCACAAUGUUGCUGGCGAGGUUGGAAAAGCCUUAGUGGCUUUACUUGAGGAGCAAGCCGAAAUGAACCCGGGGGAAACCGAUGAAUCGCAUGGGCAUCGACUUAGCAGGAACUUCACAGUAAUUUUCUGGUCGACUAUAUCAAACUCACCCAUCAUCGGAGCAAUAAUGAGCGAUACAAGGCACCGAGACCGGUUUUCUUGCCCAUGUUCUGCUAAUGGCUCCCUUCCACUGAACGUCCUAUUAAAUGAGAUGAUUAUCAACUACUUCCUCAUCAAUAACAUCAAGACCCCAGCGAUUAUAGGCGCGUUGGUUGGAGCUUUUCUCCUCUCCCAGCAGCCGACAAAGUGUCCACCCGGUCUACUCGAUCAUGUCCCCUCAAUAGUGUUCCGUGCCUGCUCGUUCGCAAGCCUCGGCCUUGCGCAUUCAUGCCGAUCUGCAAGCACUAAUCGGCUGGCAGUGAUGUCCGCCGAGAGACGGAUGAAGCACGAAAAAUUAGACAAUCUCGUUUCAGAAUGCGAGGCGAGAUUUCGACAGUCAGGCAAGCCACUAGCGAUAUUUCUCGCGGUGGAUUGGGCAGUAGGUAUGACGCAUUACCGGUUGGAAGGCCAAUCUCCAGUUAUGUCUAAGAAUUUGUCAACUCGAUGA